AUGAGGUGUUCUCGGCACCUGCGGACAGAGCUGGGCCUGGCUGUGGCUCUGGGCACCUUCACCCUCCUCCUCUUCAAUCUGCAGUCACCACCCACCUGCCCAGGCCUGAAGGAGCCACCGGGCACCCCCGUGGCUCUGGUCUGGCCCUCGCCACCCUCCCGCCCACCGCCCGCCCCCUGCCUGGCCAACACCUCCAUGGCCGCCCUGCCGGACUUCGCUAGGCAGCCGCAGCACAUCCGCAACUUCCUGCUGUACAAACACUGCCGCGACGUCGUGCUGCUCCAGGACGCGCCGCCUGACGAAUGCGUGCAACCAAUCUUUCUGCUGCUGGUGAUCAAGUCCUCGCCCAGCAAUUACGAGCACCGGGAGCUGGUGCGGCGCAGGUGGGGCCGUGAGCACCAGGUGCACGGCGUCCGGCUGCGCCGCCUCUUCCUCGUGGGCACGGACCCCAGCCCGCUGGAGGCGCGCAAGGUCAACCGGCUGUAGGCCAUGGAGGCGCGGAUGCACGGUGACAUCCUGCAGUGGGAUUUCUACGACUCUUUCUUCAACCUCACGCUCAAACAGGUGCUCUUCCUACAGUGGCAGAAGACACAGGGCACUGCCAGUUUUAUGCUCAGGUGGGAUGAUGACAUCUUUGCCCACCCAGACAACGUGGUCACCUACCUGCAGGGCGACAACCCUGACCACCACCUCUCUGUGGGGCAGUUGACCCACAGUGUGUGCCCCAUCUGCCUUCCCUGGAGCAAGUACUAUGUGCCGAAGGUGGUGACAGAGGAGGAACACUACCCGCCCUACUGUGGGGGUGGUGGCUUCCUACUGUCCCGCUUCACAGCCACCGCCAUGUGCCACCCCCGCCCCACCCUGGACCUCUUCCCCAUUGAUGAUGUCUUCCUGGGCAUGUGCCAAAAGCAGGAGACCUCACACAGUGGUAUCCUCACGGCCGGUGUUCAGGCCCCCUCCAGCGGCCUGUCCUCCUUUGACCCCUGCUUCUACCGAGAGCUGCCGCUGGUGCACUGCUUCCUGCCCUAUGAGAUGCUGCUCAUGUGAGACAUGCUGAACCAGCCCAACCUCACCUGUGACAAGCGGACACAGAUCUACUAA